UCGAGAAAGGAGUGGUUUAGUUAGCCGGUGGCACUAAAGACUAAACCCCUCAGUCUUAAACCCUCACCUGCCUGGACUCGAGUCUGAGGCAUUUCUAGCAUACACUACCACGCCUACACGUCUACGCCUACGCCUCUCUUUCGUCUUCUGCACUCUACCAAUGGCACUAAUGCAGCGCCUAGCUAGAACAGCACGCCCCCUCCGAACCCUAACCUCUCGCCCCCUUUCCCCUCACAAAUCAGCACUUGCUUCAUUCGCCGUGCCUCGAGUUUUGGGAUCCGGACCCUCACGUGACGAUGACUAUCAGGCACCGUAUUCGUUGCUUCCGGCUGUGUUAGCUGGCGCUUUCGGAAUUGGAUUGGCGGAGACGGUGUAUGCUGAUGCCGGUCGCGGUGGCGUUGGCGGCGCUGAGGAUGUGCACGCUGUUGCGAAGAAAGAACGCGAGCGCAUUGAGGAGUUGCUUAGGAAGAAAGGAGUUCGUUAUGGUUCUUAUCCUCGCUUCACUGUUGCUGUUAAAGGACAAAAGGUCAGCGUUAAGUUUCAAAUACCUCCUGCCUGUGAAGUCCCGCAACUUAUUGCAAAUCUCGCAACAAAUCUUGGACUGAAAGCUGAAGGGAACGGAGGUGGAUCGGAUAUGCUAUUGCGAUCUUGGGACAGCACAGUGGCUUGGCAGCUUGCCCUUACUCAUCCGUCCAAGAAAAAGCAUAUUGAAGGGGAUGAUCCAUCUUCAAUAGAUAUGAAUGGACAUGAUGGAGAUCUUUGCAUACUCUUUUUUCAUUCUCUCAUUGGCUCAGAUAAAGCUGAAAUUGAACUUAUUAAGCAAGGGAACUUGAGUCCUGAAGAGCUUGAUGCUUUCGUCUCUGUUUUACAAUUAGCUGGUAGCAAGAUGGGACAAAGAAGUGCCCCCCUGGAAAGGAAGUCAAGGGAAGAGACUGAACAGUCGCCAUCUGUAGAUAAAUCUAUUUCUAGUCUUGAGGCCAUGGGACUGAGAAUUUAUGGAUUGAAUGAACCCAUUGGUAUAUCAAAUGGUGAGGUAUCAUGGGACAACAUUGCUGGAUAUGAACAUCAAAAACGAGUAAUAGAAGAUACAAUACUGUUGGCUUUGCAUAGUCCUGAAGUAUAUGACAAUAUUGCACGAGGGACUCGUCAAAAGUUUGAAUCAAACCGGCCUCGAGCUGUGCUGUUUGAAGGUCCACCAGGUACAGGGAAAACUUCUUGUGCUCGCGUUAUUGCCAAUCAAGCAGGUGUCCCUUUGUUAUAUGUUCCACUUGAGGCUGUAAUGUCUGAAUACUACGGUAAAAGUGAACGCCUUCUGGGAAAAGUGUUUUCACUUGCAAAUGAACUUCCUAAUGGUGCUAUUAUAUUUCUGGAUGAGAUUGAUUCUUUUGCUGCUGCUCGGGAUAAUGAAAUGCAUGAAGCUACAAGGAGAAUAUUGUCAGUGUUGUUACGACAGAUAGAUGGCUUUGAGCAGGAUAAGAAAGUGGUCGUGAUUGCUGCUACCAAUAGAAAGGAAGACCUUGAUCCUGCAUUAAUCAGCCGAUUUGAUACUAUGAUCCCUUUUGGCUUACCUGAUCACCGUAAUCGUCAGCAAAUAGCAUCCAAAUAUGCAAAGCACCUAACCAAACCUGAACUAGAUGAACUUGCCAGAGCUACAGAAGAUAUGUCCGGAAGAGACAUUCGUGAUGUUUGUCAGCAAGCAGAACGAUCAUGGGCAUCAAAGAUUAUUCGAGGGCAAGUAUCCAAAGAUGGUGAACAAGAAAGUCUUCCACCUUUGCAAGAGUAUAUAGAGUGCGCCACAAUUCGGCAAAACUCACUGCUCAGUGCUGCUGCUGGCAGGAAUUUCCGAAAUUUUCCCCAUCUUAGGAUGGCAACCGACUGAGGUCUUGCUUGUUCCUGUAUUUUGUGUCUCUAUUUUGAUGUUAGAAUAUUUUCAUUUGACUUCUGUAAAGAUAAAGGUAGUUAUAGGUAAAUUUCUUAUUAUUUAUGGCACAGUCAUGUGAGAAAAGUUUAACUUAUUAUACACGGACAUUGACACA